GAAUCGAACACCAGCAAAGUCCCGUUUCAUUUCUGGAUCAGGAUCUCAACGAUAUGGCAUAAUCAACAAACCAGAAAUAAUAUACAACAAUCAACAGAUUGUGUUUUAAAUCUUAUUGUGUCGUAAUUUUUUUCCCCCGAGCCCCCUUUUCCCUAUUUCCGUUCAAUCGAAUUUGGAUUAGGGUUUCUAGUAUGAUUUCAAUCAAACUGAUUUCCUUGUAAUCUCUGGGCGAGUUUUUAGAAAAAUGUUUGCAGAGACCGUGAUAACGCUAGCCUCAAACUUUAAUUCACAAUCAGAUGCCUCCGACCCCAGAUUUUAUGAUUGGCUUCUGGUGUGUCAUGGCUUCUGGCACAAUGCGGCUUUGAUCACUGCCUCGCUUCUUUUUGCCUUUUACCUGGCAACCCAAUCCAAGAAGAGCUUCUUGAGGUUUUCACAUGGUCGCUCUAAAAUUAUAAUAUCAUACUAUGGAUGCCUUUGGCUUGUUAGCAUCCUCAAUCUGUUUUGGUGUCUUUUCCAGGCAUGGGAGUGCACUCCUGGGAAAGAAUUGGCUUGGAACCUACUAUCAUUGUUUACUACAUCUGGAAUGCUGUUUCUGGAAGUAAGCUUGUUGGCUUUUUUACUUCAGGGAAAUAUAGCAAGUGACCCGGAGGCAUUGACCUGGACUUUUGGUAUCUCUGGGGUUAUCGUUGGCUUGGAUAUAUCAUUGAAGGCUAUAUAUCUGUUUGGAUUUGGGAUCCCAUUAUUCAUCGACAGCAGUGAAAAUAGCCAUCAUGUGAAGUGGAACUUGUGGGUUGUCCACAAGCUGUUGCUCACUGCCGUUUAUGGCUUCAUAUUGUUUAUGUACCAUACCAGCUGGAGAGAAAGGUUGCCUGCCAGGCCUGCGUUUUACAAGUAUAUUACGACCAUGUUCAUCUUGAAUGCAAUUGCUCUCUUUUCUUGUGGCCUCAUGGGAAAUGGCGCUGCUUGUGGUUUCUGGCUCUAUAUUGCCACUGUUGUCUGUUACCAUGCUUUUUAUCUUCCUCUGCUGUAUAUAACAUUUCUGGCAGACUUUUUCCAGGAGGAAGAUAUGCAUUUUGAGAACGUGUAUUACUCUGAGAUGAAAGAUGCUGGUUUCUUCGGUGCUGAUUGGGAGUGAUGUGAUAUAGAGAAUGUUAUGAGCUUGAUAUCUAAUUGCCGGGCAUCUGGUUCACAAAAACUUGUAGAUAAAGGUAUCUGGUGUCUUGUAUCGCAUCAUCAUUUGGAAAAGAAUGUCGCUUGACAGGAUAACCCUGAGAAAACCGGAUAUCUUAAUUUUAACACAAAAUGCUGAAAAGCAAAUGAAAGAGCCCAGGGUAACAGAGUUUACAUACCCGUUCAUGUUCAAUACUUCAUCACAAGAAGCAAACGGUUACCAAUCAAUUGUCAAGGCUCUUGAUAGCGUAUAAAAGUCAGGAGAUGAGAAUUGAGGACCAUCCCAUAUGACAUAUCUGCAUUUUGUGAGGAAUAUUAAGUUGCAGAGGACCGUAUCAGGCGAAUCAGCUCCAAAAGCUGCAAAAUCGGACUCUACUGUAACAUUAGUAUCAUUUGGAAGGGCCAGAUGCUUCUGUACUGUUCAGCAAACCUCAUAUAUCGUCUCCGAUUUGGCAGCCUGCUCAAGACGUUCGGCAUAUGCAUGAAAGCAACACGACCCUAAACAAAACGAAGGAAAGAAUCCCUCACGCUUGAGAGGUAUCCAUUUAAGGAGAGGGAGAUAAAGUAUUCGGUUACUUGGUAAUUCUGAAGUUGACUGAUGCCACGAAGUAAUUAUUAUUGUGCGUAUCGUCUAUCUCACCUGUCUUCAUGUUUCCAGGAUUAAAACAUUCGAUAAGUAGACAUAUUAACGAAAUUUUGUAAAGGUCAGACGCCUUCUCUGCCUAUCAUCUGCACAAAACCAGGGCUUAUCGAGACAACGGCCAAAAUUUAAUUGGCUAGCAAAGAAAAGCUAAGAUGUGAACUAUCACCUUACGAGUUAUUAGUUAAAAAUACCAUUAUAUCUUUCACAUCA